AUGUCUGAGAGGGUGAAAUCGGACAUUCGAGAAGUGGAUUUAUCCGAUGCAGUCGAACACAUCCAGAAAGGGGAGCAUCUUCUGAAAUAUACUCAGAGAAAACUUGUUCACCCACAUCCACGGUUUUUCCAUGUUGAUACGGAGUUAGGAGUUAUUCGAUGGAAAAGUCCCCGAAAGUGCAGUAGUAUAAGUCAGUUAUCGUUGCUGGAUGUGUACAGAAUUAUUCCGGGUAAGGAUAGUGACUUUUGGAAGCAUCGUGGUGGUGGUUUAUAUGGGAUCGACAUUGUUGGAUUGCCGCGAAAUUUACAGAUCGAAUGUCCAAAUUUGGAGUCAUGGCGUUGCUGGUUUGCUGGUCUCGUAUAUGCUCAUCAAUACGCUCUAGCUUCAAUGCAUCAUAUACAGAUUACAACUGGCUAUGUUAGACAUCAUUGGGAAUUAUUGGACUUGGAUCAGGAUAAUCUUUGUUCAAUCAAUAUGCGAUUCGACAUCCUGAUUAUAUUUACUACCAAGAAUUCAUGA